UGUUCCCAUUUGUUCACAUUAAAAACACGUCUGAAGAUCCUCAAGAAGAAGAAGACGCAAGAAACACCACAGCCACCUCUUCUCAAGGACAGGCUCGUCUUGUGGGAUGACCCAAUCACCAUCAUGAGGAGGAGUAACAUGACCGUCUUCCACAUGUGGCCUGGGGGGCCACACUUUAGGUCUGCCCUGGGGCCUUCUCCCGGCUGGGCAUGCCCGGAACACCUCACCAGGGAGGCGUCCGGGAGGCAUCCGGACUAGAUGCCCGAGCCACCUCAACUGGCUCCUCUCGAUGUGAAGGAGCAGCGGCUCUACUCUGUGCUCCUCCCGGAUGACCGAGCUCCUCUCCCUAUCUCUUAGAUCCACAAUCUGCAGGCCAUCUUUAUCCUGUCCUUCCAUCACUGAGUCCACCUGGUGAAGUACGCCAAACUGGAGGGACGUGCUCAUCAGGACAACUGCAGCCAGCUCAGGUCGUCAGAUCUGACACAAACAGUGAUGUUUUUUUUUACUUGUGUCCAUGUUUUAAUGUAUGUAUGUAUGUGUGUGUGUGUGUGUGUUGGCUCACAGAGCUUCGUCCUUGGUGAUGGCCCGUCCUGAUACCAGCCUCUCAGCCACUGCAGACACCGCCGGGUCAUAGUUCAAGCUGGCCGCCGCUAUGACCUCAUCGUUCCUGCACAAGGACGGAUAUUAAAGCAUCACGCCAGUCGCGAUGAGCAGCUGAUCGUAAUGCUGCACAGAGCCAUCGUCAAAUGUCACCGUCUUCUCGUUCGUGUCUACAGACAGCGCCUGUGCAGCCAGCGUCCGAUUCCAGACACACGGCCUGGACAAGCUCCUCUGAUGAGUCGUCUGGAUCAGAGUCUGCAAAGUCCUGACGGUCUGAAAACACACACACACACAAGUAGUAUCAAAUGACACUCCAUACAAGUUCUGACCCGGUUAACUCACGUGGUUGGUUGGCAGCCAUGUUUCUCACUGACAGUCUGACAGUCACACGUCAUUCAUCUCAUCAGCUCAGUGAUGGGAUGUCAGAUGGUGUCCAUGGCAACAUUUUUAUGUCUAACCUUCAGCCGCCUCCAGGCCUUCAAAGUGUGGACGGUUGGACUUAUGUAUUUUUAAAAAGUGUCUUCUGACGGAGCGAGUGAAGCGGUGAUGUCCGUGCUCACGUUGCGACUGUGUUGUUGUUCCAGGCGGAGGCGACCGGCUUUGUGUGGAAAAUGCUGACCAGGCUGCAAUCGCUGUGAAUGGAGCCAAACAAAGAACAACCUGCACGCUUUGGUACCAACUUUUAUUUAAGAUGCUCACCACCUGCAUGGAGGUGACUCUCAUGUCGUUUAAUAAAUGAAGCAACACUUCCAUGAAGGCAUUAUAAUGCAACACAGGCACACACAUCAAGUAGACUAGUAGCAGUAGUAAUACAUAGUAUUCAACAUAGGGAACACAGUUGUGUUGUAGUCCAGGAGUUCUGUCUUAGAGUGUCGUGAUCCCAAGAGAGAUAUACAGUAUAGAAACUGUAUUUACAUAAGUAUAGAGCAAAGCUACAGUACUGUAUAUCUCAAAUGGUGCACUACCGUACUUACACAUAAGUGCAUUCACAUUGACUACAGCAAAAUGCAAUGUACUGUCAGUACUCUGAUGUUACACUCAAAAUGGUACAGUGAUGGACACUUACCACCCUCAAUAGUUGCCAUGCUGGCGGCUGAUUAGCAAACCGUAGCAGUGGAAAUUAGUGGAAGAGGCUGUGUUUCAAAUGAGAUACUUCUACUAGGUACACUGUGUACUUAGUCCUUGAGGGCGUGAAUUUUGAACGUGUAGUGCUGUCCUAAAUCCAUUACUGUCACUGCACACUUACUGGAAAUCACAAUGUCCACUCGCUUUUUCUCCUUCCUCUUCUCUCCUUUUUUAAUGGCGAAUUGCAACAACUCGAUUGUCCAGCACUGCACACUCACUUCUCAGUGUCAGCGCAGAUAUUGUAUGCACUCAGAAGACUAGUGUAGUACGGAAGUGCACCAAUUGAGAGACAACUACAAGUAUAUUGUUCUCAGAAAGCCAAGCAACACCAGUAUGAACCACUAGUGAGAGGCAGCGUGGCUGCAGCCUCAGCACUGACGAAUGAUUUGUGAGUGAUUGAUGAUUGUUUUAGAUAAAUAACGAUGUCACGUUGUGAGUAUUGCUAGAUUUCUUUUGGUAAUGAUGACAUGGGUCGUGAUAGUUUUAUUUCAACAAAUAAUGACAUGUCAUGUUGUGAGUGGAGACAUUCAAGUUCAACUCAGUGAAUUCAAUCACUGGAUUGCACUUUGACCUUUUCACUUUGUGCUAGAGGUGGCAGCUGAACCUGCUCCAGCCUGGACUCUCGCUCGUAGUAAGAACACACCUUUAAAUGCUCUGACAUGGACGGAACGUCCCGGAAGCACCAAGUGUCCACGGGAGAGAAAGCUGUGCUGAAAUGCCACACCUGCAGACAAGGACAUGUUUGUGUGUAUACGUGGUGCAUUCGUACCCCCUCGCCCCCUGUCCACAAAGCUCAAAGACAUAAUCUGACAUGUUCCUCUCACCUUCUGCUCAGCCUUCCAACUGACCCUACCCUGAGGGCCGGACGUCCUCUGCCAGUGCAGCGUGACCAUCCCUCGGUUCGGCAGCAGAGAGGAGCACACCUGCCUCAUGAGACGGGACACCAUAGCCAGCUGGGACAGGGACAGGCUGUCCAAGAAGCUGGCCAUGUGACACAGGACUUCGUAUGGCAGCAAGCUCAAAUUGGGCCCGCAUGAGGCAUCGUAGGGAGAUGCAGCAGGUGGGAUGGUGGGACGCAGCUGGAAGCAGCCCAGAUCUUCCCUGAAGAAGGAGAAGAUCCACUUUUUAAAUGAUGGCCCCCUCUAGGACCACCUUGAUCUUCAUCAUCAAGUGCUUCAUCAGGUACAUGAAUCUCCUGAAAGGAUUCUGUCUUUGCUCAGUUUGGCGAAGAAGUUCUCACGUGAAGAAGACGCUUGCCUCCUGGCUAGAUGGUCUGAACCUUUUCUGGUUGAAGGUGCAGCCCAAAUACGCCAGCGGACAUCUCUGCUGGAACCAGCCAUUCACACACAUCUGGAUGUCACUGUGCACGUUCCUACAUCACACCAUAAGAACAUCAGUGUGCAAAUGAAAGUCUAACUAUCCUGGAAUUCAUUUGGAGACUCAGUCGUAAGUGAGGUCACGUCCAUGCAGUGACGACAAGGUAACCAACUUGUAAUGUGCAGCAUAGUCCCUCCUCUGGAAGGCGUGUCCACACAGCAAGGUGAAGGCGGAGCUAGCUUUGUGGUAGCGGCUGCUCACGCUCUCCACCUGCAGCUGGAGGUGGAGCUCUGCCGUCUUCUUGGCCGUCAGGUCUGCGAGCGACGCGUUCCUUCUGAAAGGAGCCGAAAGGAAGUUGUACGUCUGUGUGCCCUCAUCCUGGAGGAGACCAUCUGUGCACACCUUCUCUGCGAUCAGGUGACCUCGCUGCUCAUUCUCCAGUGAGCACAGCAGGGAUGCCUGAGGAGCACACUUGAUGAAGGACAGGCAAAAAGGAUUGAAUGAUGAGUGGGUGGCGUGCAGCCAGCAGGAGGUGCCAGCAUGCUCAUUGCACCUCCUGCUACAGCAGACGCUGCAGGGCACCAGUGGAGGCCGGCGUGUGCUGCCAGCUGGUCUCAUGCCGCCUGCACUGUGGGGCGCUCUUCCACCUGUGCAAAGAAGAGGGGCACCUGUUGCUGUGCCCCAACGUCAACGUGCCCUGCCUCAACGCAGCUUAUGGCUGCCCGGCCCAUCUCCGACGCUCCCAGCAGGCAACCCACCUGCAGGCGUGUCCUGCUAGUGUGGUGGUCUGCAGUGUGGAGUGGAACCGAUGGCCCGCUGAUCACACCGACCCGCAUUGCCCCCGAUGCCUGCAGGAGAACGUCCUGAAAGAGAACGAGGGCCAGGGGGAGGCCCUGGAUGUCGCCAUGGCGCUGGUGGAUCAGGAAGAUCUAUUUGCCCGACUGAAGAUGAAACCCCUGUUCCCUGAACUGAUGGACCCUCAAGAGCAGCAGGAGGAGAUACAGGUGGACGCCACAAGACAGAUGAUAGAUAGCCCAAACGUACAUGAAGGGUUCCUCACUGAAGAAGACCGCACUUGUGAGAACGUGGUCACCAUGGAGACAGAUGGGGGUGAAGCUGGGGGGUCUUUGGUGGUCAACAAGGAGAAAUUGAAGCUGAGUGAGAUGAUGUUCGGGAUGGACAAAGGCGGCUGUGCGCUGGCUGAGGCAAAGCAAAUCCAAUCAGAACCAAACUCUCGACCCCUCCAGAAAGACUUGGUAUGUAAAGUGGACGGUGGUCCAGAGGCAGGUGGAAAGAAAAUGAGUGUGGACAUAAAAGAAGACGCUGCUGGAGCAGGAACAUUCACACCCCCAGACACCAGUAAGACGGGCCUGGCACCGUGGCAGGACGGGGUUCUGGAACGUUUGGGCCAGGAGCUGAGCCCACAUGAGUACAACAUGUACGUGGUCCAUCACGGCCGCAUGCUAAUUGCAUUUGGACAAAUUGAGGCGUGCACGCCACGGGACAAGGACUUUGUCUACGGGAACCUGGAGCCCAUUCCCGUCCAGACCUUGCGCUCCUUCAAGGUUCCAGACAGCUACCACUACCGGCGUCGGGUCCAUCUGUAUGACACCGCCGCCCGAGCCCUCAGCGAGACUCGCAGCGUGGACACGUCUGAGCUCCAAGUCAGCGAGGAAGACUUCUUCAGCGAUGAAGCAGUUGACACUCUGCUGGGGUAUGCAGAGAAGGAGGUCAGAGGGCACAAGAUCAGUGAGUCCAAAGUAGCAGACGGGCUCUACGUGGACGAGGGAACACAAACAUACUUCUUCCGCUCAGCACCAUUUAAGCGUGACACCACCUUGGCGGAGGUAACAUCUGGCAGGCCGCUGAAACUCUACCUGAGGCUGCAGGACGAGAGCGUGAGUGGCCGACACAACCGAACCUGUUGCGUCUUCAACUUCCUGUGCGGCCACAGCUUUCUGCGCAGAGAGUUCUCCUCGCAUGUCAAGAAUGUCCACGCUGACAUUCAGUCAUGUCUGAGCGGGUGGUUCGAGCAGAGGUGCCCCCUGGCCUACUUGGGCUGCACCUACACUUGGAGGAGGUUCCGACCCGCCAACCAUGAUGCCUCAGUCACCUACAAUCGCCACCUGCGCAGUUUCAACUUGCGUCCCAUGGAUCAACCUUCAGCGCCAACUGCAGGCGAGGUGUCCUCUCUGAGCUCGCUGCCUUACGAGGUCCUGUGUCACAUGGCCAGCUUCCUUGACAGCCUGUCCCUGUCCCAGCUGGCUCUGGUGUCCCGCCUCAUGAGACAGGUGUGCUCCUCUCUGCUGCCGAGCCGAGGGAUGGUCACGCUACACUGGCAGAGGAAGUCCGGCCCCCGGGGAGGCGUCAGGUGGACAGCUGAGCCUGUUUGGGAGUUCAGUCGUCUCUUCUCCUCAGUGGACUCAUGGCGGAUGAUGAAUGAACCCCCAAUGUCUGCCCACCUUAAGGUCUGUCCUUUUUAUGAGACCACCCUGCCUGGUCAGCCUGUGCCUCUCCUCAGUCUGACUGAGGAACAUCUUGGUCUUCAGACACCCAGCCUGGUCAAACACUUCACAUCUCUACGUUCCUGAGAGACACGUACUGUUCCUUUAAAUGGCUUCCAAGCAGUAUUUAGUAUUGUGUGGUGGGUGUACUGCAUGGUCCUCCAUAUUUUCUGUUAUAGUAACGUAUAAACCAUUAAAGAAAUUUGUCCCU